ACGAUUUCUUCCUUACACUACACAGAGCUCCGCGACAAGGGAUACGCCGCCGUUGAAGGAUCAAUUCUGAUUCAAUUCUAGGUCGCCCUGAUGAAGAAAGUUGUGCUCAAGCUGGACCUGCACGACGACAAGCACAAGCAGAAGGCGCUCAAGCUCGUCUCCGGCCUCCACGGCAUCGACCAGAUCACCGUGGACAUGAAGGACCAGAAGAUGACGGUCAUCGGCACCGUCGACCCCGUCGACGUCGUCGCCAAGCUGCGCAGCAAGCUCUUCCCCACGGCACAGAUCCUCUCCGUCGGCCCGGCAAAGGAGGAGAAGAAGGACGACAAGAAGGACGCCGCCGCCGGAGGGGACAAGAAGGACAACAAGAAUGAUGGUGCCGGCGCCAACAAGACGCAGCAGGUCAUGCCGGUGUACCCGCACCACUGGUACCCGCCACCGCCGCAGCCGCGAUACGUCGUCCACAGCGCCGAGGAUGACCCCAACUCCUGCGUCAUCUGCUGAUCGCCGCUUGUCGAUCCAUGGGGUCUGCCUGCUCAGCUGGUGGCUGCUAGCCUGCCAGUGGUUGGUGGUUGCUCUACAUGCUGCGCUGAUCGACGGCGUGCGUUAUAGAAGUAUAUAUGAAUGGCCGUGUAUAGGUACUACGGGUAGAAUUGGUGAUAGUCCGGUGGCUGCUGUUUGGCUUCGUUUUUUCAGGGAGAUGCAAUACAUGCACCUCCUGAUCAUCAGUAUGUAAUGUGCAAAUAGAAAAGAACCACAGUAAGAACAA